AUGGGCUUUUGGUGAUCUCGCGUUCUCACAACGUUCUGCCCGAAGCGCCGCUCAACAAGUGCGUCAUGAACAUUGGCAAGGCUGGCCACAUGUAAGUAAUUUGUACAUAUGUACCUCCACAUUCGGUUGGACUAUUGCAGAAAUACCCAUCACAUUCAGACCCUAGUUUCAGCAAGACUCCCAGCAGCAGCUAACCCGAUUUCUAUUACCAGGAAGACAUGGUUCGGCAACCAACUUCUCGUCGGUAUGAAGCGACAAUCCUGCAUGGAAGGCUAUGCUAGUGAGGUCGCAGUCUACGACGAUGUCGAUUUUCGAGACUUCCGCCAUGCUCUUGACUAUUACCAGCAACACCCGGCCAACCCUUGUAUCGUCGAUUCCAAUCGUGACCGCCGUCCCGCAAUUCCAGGCGUCAUCCUGUAUUGUGAUGGAACCCAAAAGCGUCUACGGGAAUUCGGUUUGGACGUGCCUGCUGAACAGGUUCGUAUUCCUCGUUAUCAAACGAUGGUUCUCGAGGAGUCAGUAUGCAUGCGUACGCUCCAGCUUGGCUUGGAAUGGGGUUACCGAAGAUACGAGCCUAACAAGGAGUGGCAUAAAAAGGAUAUCAACGUGAUCAACAUGUACAACGACCUCGCCACGUCCUUCGUGCAAGGUGUGACAGGCGACAUGAUUCUUACUCCGCUCAUUUACGUCGGUACCGUUGUCCUAUUCGACAAUCGCGGUGCUAUAAUUCAGCCCAUGCAUUUGAUCGGCAUCGCUGCGUUCCUGGACUCCGUCGCCAAUAAGGCUGUCGGUAUCGAAUUGAUUACUCAACCGAUGACAAAGUUGUGGGAACCAGACCCUGAGAACAAAAGCAAGGAGUCCCAGGAAGAGCUUGAGAAAUUCUGGGCAGAGUGGCAGAAGGAUGACAGCAUCGAGGGAUUUGACAAGAGAACCAUUGUGGCACCUACUAGACUGAAGUCGACCUUGGACGCGGAAAUCGUGGGUGGGCAGUUCUUCGCAGAUGUACGAGCCAGAUUGGCCGCUCGUGACAAGUCUGGCAACAAGAAUGCAGCAGCCUGAAACGCUCAGCAUCCACAUUCUAUUCAUGAGAGGGAAGCCCACU